AUGUCCCGUCCGCCCAGUGGCGGUCAGACGCCCAGUAGAAGUCGACACGAGAGUAUGAGUAACGAUCAGUGCGUAAUCGUCUACAGAGAAGGCAACAAGAAACUUACCUCUUUGCUCGCCUUUAGUCGAUCGAUUCUCCAUCGCCCUUUUUCAUGGAAUCAAUAUGUGAAGAAGGGAUUUUUUGCCCUCGUAUAUAAUGGAGUUCGCGUAGCUAUCCUUUGGGACUCGGAGAUGCAAAGUCAUGUUGGUCUGCUCACAAUCACGGACUUUAUUCGCAUUCUGCACAAAUACUACAAAUCGCCCGAUUCGCCAAUGUCAGAAUUGGAGGAACACCAGAUAAAAACCUGGAGAGAGCAAAUGUCCGAUAACAACCGCCCCUUUAUAUACAUUACUCCCGAACAAACUCUUCUGGACGCUGUACGAACCCUACUGAAGUACAAUGUACAUCGUCUGCCAAUCAUGGACCCUGUUACAGGCAAUCCUCUGCACAUCCUUACUCACAAACGGCUUCUCAAGUACCUACAUUUCAAU